AUGAACUCUUAAAUUUAGUCAAAUCCAAGAUAAGAAUCAUUCUUUUAAAUGCUUCAUUUCUCAAUUUGUCCAUUACUAAAAGUAAAUUAUUUAAUUUAAUUAGAGAAACAGUUUCACUUAUUGGAUAAUUAUCAUUGAUCUUAUGCAUUAUUUCCUAUCCUUAGCUUAUUAAUAAACUACAUUAUUUACUUUAAGACCUCAUUAGAAAGUCUUAUUUAAUUUUGGUUAAUUAUAUCCAAUUUAUGCAAAAUCAGAAUUCUGGAGAUUGAUUUUAAGUCUAGAACAACAUAAAAAUGAAACACAUUUGUUCUUUUCACUUUUGUUUAAAAUGCAUUUCUUUUCUUUCAUUGAACAUAGUAUUGGUCUUAAAAAUACAAUUUUAUUAUAUUUUAUGAGUGGAAUCUCUUCUACUCUUUUUUAAGCCAUCGUUAGUUAAUAAGUUGGGUACAUAAAUAUCAUUUAAAUAUAUAGAGUUUGUGGCUCUUUUCAUAUUGGGGCAAUCGCUUAUGCUUUAUAUUUGUAACAAUAAAUGUUAUGUAAAUAUAGAAUAUUAUAAACAAGAAAAGUGUUCAGCAUAAUAAUAAUUAUAAUUUUAUUUUGAUCUAUAAGUGAGUUAAGAUUAUGGUCUCACUCUAAUCAAAGUAUUAAUUGUCUUAUCCAUUAUGUAUAUAACAAGUCUCAAAUUUCAUGGAAUCCUAAUGAUUGGUUCUCUUAUAUUUGGAAUUUAAUGCAUGAUAUUGGGUUAAUACUUUUCUUAUGAACAAAAAAAACAAUCAUAGUUGCAAUUAACAAACAGUACUUAAUAAACAUAAUUGGUCAAAUACAUAUAUUUAAUGGCAUCAAUCAUUGUUAUCAUUAUUGAAUUGAUUGUAUUUUUCCAAUAAAAAAAUCAUAUAGAAAUCUGA